AUGUCCCUUUCAACGCUGGCAGACCACUUUCGCCACAAACUGUUCAUGCCAUUCUUUACUUUAGCACAGAUUCUUCUGCUAAUCCUGGUCGGUGAUCUCCAUUCCCGGCGCUUAUCUGCAGUCCCCAUAUCCUUACACCCAUCUUCCCUUCCCAUCCAUCCCGUCCACCACUCUAUCCAUCCUCGAUCCUCAUCAUUUUGCUCCAUCGCAACAUCAUGCCUGGUAGCUCAGAAAGUCGAUACAUCAGACUUGAAGGCGAGUCUCUCCAUACUAUCUUCGUAUCUGUUUCGUGAUCCUCACACUCUAUCUACAGUCAUCAGCGGAAAGAAUCUUCAAGUCCCGUCCGAGCGCAUUCCCGCUGGCAUUUACGUGUCCAUCAAUGUCGACUCGAGGAGACGCUGGAAAUCGGCCAUCAGUGUCCUAUCAUCUGAUCAAUCUGCAGUGUGGGGGGAUACUGCAACUCUACCAUCAAAUACCUCGCCUGCAUUGGCAAUAGAGAUCAGGGCAUCCUAUGAGCUUGGUCGAAGGCUAGGCGGUGGACAGGUCAUCGGGGAACUUCAAAUGUCGUGGGAUGAGUUACUCGAUCAUGGAGAUCACCCAUAUGAUCUAUCGUUCCGAGCCGUGCGUGGUGUUCAACCUUCCGUCACACUGAAGGUUGCCGUUGUACACGCUUGUCACGAUCAGAAUGCCGCACUGUUUGAUUCCCUCGUAGACUGCGAGAUUGCACGAGACACAGAUGCGGGUCACGCACAAUUUACCUCAUACACGAAAAGCAAGAAUGUCUCUGACUUGAACGACGCUAUGAAGCUUUUUCAGUUGGUUCUGAACCAGUGCCCAGUCGGCCAUCCAGACCGCGCAACGGCUCUCACCAACCUCGCGUGGGCCUGCCUUCAAGGCUACAUCGAAAAUGAUGUCGAAGACAUUAAUACUACCAUUUCCCUCUUCCGCGACGCCCUUGCAUUGCGUCCGCAGCACCAUCCCGAUCAUCCCUUAUCCCUAUAUAAUCUCACCCAAGCGCUGAAUUGGUCUCACGACAAGAAAGGUACCGCUGGCGACAUCUGCGAAGCUGCUCACCUCUAUCAUGAGCUACUGCCUCUCUGUCCAGAGGGCACGUACCUUCGUAGCAUCGCAGCAAGGAAAAAAGGUGUUGAUUAUGUGAUCGACGAAUGCAAUGAUCUUCCAACAGACGCAUCCGAUGAAGGCAUCCACCUUCGAAGAGUCGUCCUCGAGCUCUGUCCUCUGGGCCAUCGACUUCGUCCUAGAACCCUCGACGAGCUUGCACGAGCAGUCGACGCACGUUUUGAUCGGCACGGCAGCAUCGAUGAUCUUGACACGAGCAUACAACUUGGUCGUGAAGCCGUGUCUCUGUGUCCCGAGGGACAUGCUGACCGUGAUACCUACCUGAACAACUUGGCCUCUUCACUCUUAUCCCGCUUUGGGCACCGAGGCAAUCAUAAUGACCUUGAUGAAGCCAUAUCUUUGCAUGAAGCAGCGCUGCAACUGCGCCCUGUUGGGCACGAAUCUCGUCAUUACUCAUUGGACAACCUAGGGGGCGCCCUCGUCCGCCGUUUCAAACGCGGCGAUAUUGAAGACAUGACCCGUGCUAUCAGCCUCUAUCGCGAGGCACUGACGUUGCGCCCACUUGGGCAUCCAUGUCGUACCACCACGCUUCACAACCUUGCCCUUGCGCUUCAAACUAGAUAUGACGAAUCGCAAGUCAGAGAGUAUCUUAACGAGGCUAUUGAUCUGUAUCGUGAAUCCCUUCGGUUAAUGGGGCUUGACCAUCCAUGGCGUCAUCUAACUCUUUCCAAUCUGAGCUCGGCACUCCGCUCUCGUUUCAUGGAGACUCGGGAGAAAGAAGAUGUCGAGGAGGCCAUUGCUCUCUGCCAAGACUCAUUGGCGGCUCUGUCUUCACUGCACCCGGACAGGUACUUCAACUACAUGUGUCUGCAGGAGGCCUAUUUGUCUCGUUACCAGAUUCUACAGGAUCCUGCUGAUUUGGCUCUUGCAGUGGACAAUUCCAGGCUGGCAUCAAGGCACCCUACUCAGGGCUUUCCGUGGCGCAUUAUAACAGCCCAGAGAUGGGUCGCCGCUGCAGAAACGCACAGUCAUACAUCCGCAGUGGAGGCCUACAACACAUACUUCGACCUUCUUGAUGCUGCUGCUGCCUUCAAUGAUGUCAGAUCGCUCCCUGUAGAUGCAGCAUCGUGCGCUAUCCGCAAUGACAAUCUACGACACGCAGUCGAACUCGCAGAGCAGGGUCGUGGCCAGCAAUGGUCGCUGGCAUCUCGACUCAGGACUCCAAUUGAAGACCUCCAGUCAGCAAAUCCAACACUUGCGCACGAUUAUUUGGAACUGAGCAAACUCAUUUCCAAUGCAGCACAGAGUUCUGCAACCAUCACCGACGGCGCUGCUGCUGAUCGGGCAGCAAUAGAGUACAGGAGACUUACAAGGCAAUGGGAAACUACGGUAGCUGAGAUACGUGAUGUUCCGACGUUCUCGCGGUUCCUGCUCCCACCUUUGUACGCAGACCUGCAAGCAGCAACGCGCCAGGGUCCGGUCAUCAUCCUCAUUGCGAGUCAAUACUCUUGCAGCGCUAUCAUCGUCCCGACAUCAGGAGACCCUCAUCAUGUUCCUUUGCCUGUUACUCUCACCGAUCUUAGGAUUCUCAAGGAUCGCUUCGCCAGGGCAAUACGAGACGCAUCUCAGAUGACUCCAACGCAGUCGAGGACGGAUCUAAUAGUUCUCUUGCGGAUAUUAUGGGACGAGAUCAUGCUACCCAUCGUCAAAGUACUCGAGCACGUCCUCAAACUAAAGCGUCGCUCUCGAAUCUGGCUGUGUCCAACUGCAGCUUUCACGUCUAUUCCUCUCCAUGCAGCUCACCCCUUUCAAACAAAGGCAGAUCGUUCUGGGAAGGAACCAUGCUUGGAGGAUCUCUACAUCUGCUCUUACACACCCACACUUUCGGCCCUGGUCAGAUCUAGACAGUUGAUGAAGAAGCGUAUGCCUCCGUCCUUUGUAGCCAUCGGACAAGGUCAACCGGGUGCAGGGAAAGGCAAGGUACUCUUGACCGUCGACAGCGAACUCGAGCUUGUCCAUAAGCUCGUCCCUGCGACGGCCAAACACACUACUAUUUCUGGCGACGCAGCCACACGAGCAGGUGCACUCGAAGCUUUGCAGCAGAACACCUGGGUGCACAUAGCUUGUCAUGGCAAGCAGGACCCAAAGCAGCCUUACAAUUCGCAUUUCGUCAUGAGAGACGAAGAUCUGACGCUGCUCGAUAUCAUGGAGAGAGAUAUUCCGCACGCUGAGUUCGCGUUCUUAUCGGCGUGUCAUACCGCCGUCGGAGAUGAAGAGACUCCAGACGAAGUGAUUCACCUCGCAGCCGGUCUUCAGUUUUCGGGAUUCAAGAGCGUCAUUGGGACGCUGUGGCAGGUCGACGACUCUGUCGCAAAACACGUCGUCAAAGCCUUCUAUGAGAAUAUGUUCCCAGAUUUGAAGGAUGGAGGUGUGAUGGACUGUACUAAGGCGGCCUGGGCACUGAACCGUGCCACACACGCAGUGAAGACGACAGUGCCGCUGGAGCAGAGGAUGGUUUUCGUUCAUAUUGGUGUGUAGUUCUACUACCUCGUAUUGAUGUCGUCUGGUACA